AUGUUUCUCUCCCGGAGUCUCCUGCUGGCGUUCCUGUUCUCCGCCCUCACGUUGUCGCACGGUGCUGAGCCCGGAGCUCCUCACGGUAAGAGGAGACAGAGCUCAGCGGGCGGCAGUAACGCCCUGCAGCACCCCCUGCAGGGGCCCCAGGGCCGACACUACAGCAGGGAGCGCGGCGGGCACCGGGGCCAGGGGGCCCGCGCCGGCAAAGGUGGAGCUGGUUUGCUGUCCCACAGACCGCUGCACCCCCUGGCCCGGCCCGAGGAUGACGGGACAGGCCUGGAGAGUUUGGGCCCGGUGAGGCUGGAGAUGGGCCCCGGCAGGGACAGAGCCAGGAUGAGUGGGAAGAGUCAGGCGCAGAGCCGGGACAACCAGCUGCUGGGGACACGCAAAGGAAGGGGACAUGGACAUGGCAAUGGUCACGGACACCACUUUGAGCACAGGAGACAAGGGAGUCGGCGGGACAAAGAGCGGCAUGGCAAAGGAUUUCUCCCGGAGCCUGAGCUGAGGUCUGCGUUUAAGGACAGGGAUCUGUUGGAGGACCCUCCCUCCUUCUCCUCUGUUGCCUCCCCCUCCCUCAGCAUGACCCCGCCCGAUGAAACCCCCUCCCCCAUCGCCGCUGUCUUUGGCUCUGGCUCCUCCAUGGUUACCACGGUGAUGAACGAGCAUCCCCCAACGCUGCCCCCAGCCUCCACCAAACCCCAGCGGUCUGGAAAGGGUAAAGGAGAGGGAGAUGUGAUGCCAACGCUGGACAUGGCGCUCUUUGAUUGGACAGACUAUGAGGACAUGAAGCCUGUGGACAUCUGGCCCGCCUCCAGGAAGAAAGACAAGAGGCGGAGUAAGAACCUCAGCAGUGGGAAUGUGACUGUGGACGCUGACACCAUCGAGCCGUGUGAUCAUCACCUGGACUGUCUGCCAGGUUGGUGUUGUGACUUGAGACAACAUGAGUGCCAACCUCACAACAGAGGCCUCAACAACAAAUGCUACGAUGACUGCAUGUGUGAGGAUGGGUUUCGCUGUUAUGCUAAAUUCCACCGGAAGCGGCGUGUGACUCGAAGAAAGGGGCGCUGCGUGGUGCCGGAGUCCGUCAGCAGCGACCAGGGUGGCUUCAUCACCAUCUGAGGAGGACGAGGACGAGGAGGACGAGAUGGAGGGAAUUGAGGGAGGAAGAUCCGAAUUUUUUUUUCCCAUAAACACUCUGACGCAGGAGCUAAGACAACUGCUGAAAGGUGAUGGGUCGCUGUUUUUUUUAAUUGAUUCCACAAUAUAAAUUACAACACUUGGUCAUUUUAUACAAAAAAACAAGGAACUGGAAAAAUAUUGCAUUUUGGUUGGGCCACAUCUUUUAUCCAGCAAUCCCCCACCUUUAAGCAUGUUUUAAGUUUCAGUGUUAGUUAUUAUUAGGGCUGUGCAGUAUAAAUAUUGAUAUUGUCCUAAAUUUACAAAACAAUUAUUCAUAUUGCCCAGCCCUUACUCAAAAAUCACUACUUUCUUUUCAAAGAUUUGUUUUUCACGAUGACACAUUUUUGUAUUUGUUCAAAUCUGGUGGAAAAGUUCAACUCGGCUAGAAACACACCACUGAGUGAAAUCUGUCAACAUCUCAUAGUUUAUGCGUGGAUAUUCACAUCAUAUAAUAUUUGAUGAGUUCUUCUCCUGCGGCUGCUUGUCCUUCUGAUCUGAGUCAAACAAUGUUUACAAAUCCUUUUUUAUUAUUACAUUUCUGUGCUCGGAGUCCUAAACAGAUGGCUUUUAUUACUUCAGGAUGAUUCAAAUUCAGUCAAGUAAGCUGUCACUCAAACUAAUAAUGCUUGAAUCACCGUUUGGGUUUCUGUGUGAACUCUCUGCUACAUUUGUUUUCUUUCUUGUCUCACAUGCUGAAAAUGAUUUGCAAACGCUAUUUGAACCCAGUCUGCUGUCCUGUUUUGUAAAUAACAAAGUGUUUGAAUAACUUUUUUUGUUAACUUGAUACCACUUCUCUUCAAAUGUACGUAACGGUAGAACGAUAAACAAAGACCCUGGUUUGACCUUCCUUUUACAUGUCUUAAUAUAUGUUUUAUUUAUACUGUACUUAAACACAUGUUUGUCCAGAUGUUGUGUUUGUCCGUCUUUUUUGGUUUUCAUGAUUAAACAAUUACUAGGAUAAACA